CGGAUAUGGCUUGAGUUCCAAUGCACCUGAGCAGCAUUCGUUCCCCAUGUCUCUGCCACAUUCACAUGGCGGCUGAUUCCUGACUUCGUGAAUCUUCAGCCAACCUAAGCUCUCUUUGUCCUCCGCUCAUACGCCUCACGCGCUGUACUGAUGCAAUGCAUUCUUCCUGCUCUGCUUCGGUCUCUGCUUCCUAGGUCUCUGUGUGUCCUAUACUCUGCUACUAUAAGAGCUUGUGACCAUGAUUGAUCAUGUCUUGGGAAGGCCAUCGGUCAAGUUCCGUAAGAUUCAAGUCUUCGCCGUCCUUUCAUUUUGGUCUAUAUACCUCUACAAAGGUAAUCGCCAUGGUCCUCCUGUCCUUCGCCGCAUCUCCGCUCUCCUCCAGAAUCGCCUCACGACUUGGCAAAGCCUUGUGAUAACGCUUCUCUGGCUAUACGUGGCUCGCAAUUUCGGCAAAGUGGUUGGCCUCGAGUGCCCUGAACCUCUUGCAAAUCUAUACAGUCGCUCAUACUUCCGAGCAACAUGGGUGACAACGGCGCUGGACGCAGGCUUCUGGUCUGCGAUGCGCAUUCGCCGGAAAUGGGCAAGAGACUUCCUCUCUCUCGUCUUCUCAGUAUACUAUCUGAUAUGUGCGGAGCAAGCGGAUGAGAAGGUAAGAAAGGUUCGAGGAUCCUUAACAGUGGAGCAUAUGCGCGUGAGCUGGAAUAAGGGCACAACGCCAUACCUGGGAUUUCUCACGGGGGUACUUAGACCUAGACUGAUGAGAUACCCACCGAGAGCUAUUCGGAUACCAAGACCACAGGAAUCUUCUUAUCAAGAGCCUGUACAAGCAUGGCUUUACUUUGAUGGACCUCUGUCAGCAUUGAAAAAGCAGCGUAAAGUGGUCUUGGACAUUCCAGGUGGAGGCUUCGUCGCCAUGAAUCCACGAACUCAUGACGACAAACUGAUGGCCUGGGCCGGGAAGACAGGGCUUCCAGUACUGAGUCUCGACUAUCGUAAAGCUCCGGAGUUUCCGUACCCGUACGCCCUAAACGAAUGUUACGAUGUAUAUCAUAUGAUUGUGUCAAGUAGAGGGAGGUGUCUCGGUCUUUCAGGGGACGAAUCUCCAAAGAUUGUUGUUGCCGGAGAUAGUGCUGGCGGGAACUUGGCUGUUGGUAUGGUCUUGAUGAUUCUUCAAGCUGGUUCCACAGAUAGUCGUCGCUGGCAAGGAGAACAAAUGCUACCACCCCCCGAGGGCGUCGUCCUCAUCUACCCGUCGCUGGAUAUGAACAUUGGAAACUGGAUGACGGACGAACAAAUGGCACUGAUUCGCGACCGUCGUGUCCGUAGGACCAAUCAAGGUAUCCUCCGACGUAAGAGCGACGAUUACCGUAAUCUUGCCCCAGACACUCCCCACGUUUCGGACGACGAAGAGGACGCAAACCCUCCACUACACAAAUCACCCUCUACACCUACCACCGCAGCGGGCCAGAUCACUUCGCCGGUGACCGCAAUUCAUCUCUCUGCCGCCCACACUAACACCAACACCACUGCCGUUGCAACUCAAGACGCCCAAGCCCAGAAACCACAACCGCUCAAGACCCGCCUCGCAAUGUCCUCCAUGAUAUCUUACUUUAACGAUCGCAUCCUGACUCCUGAGAUGAUGCGCGCCAUGAUUGUCCUCUACAUUGGGCCACACAACCGCCCAGACUUUUCCACUGACUACCUGCUCUCCCCGCUCCUUGCCCCGGAAUCACUGCUGGCCCACUUCCCGAAGACAUACUUCCUGACUGGCGAGCGCGACCCCCUUGUGGACGACACUGUCAUUUUCGCGGGCCGCAUACGGGCCGCGAAAGCCGCGCGCCAUGCAGAUCGCAUGGAGCUGGGUCUCGUGCCACGUGACCGUGAAGUCUUCUGGGAAGCAGAGCAUGUCGAGGUCAUGUUGAUCCCGGGUAUCUCGCAUGGCUUUUUCCAGUUCAUCAGUCUGUUUCCCGAAGGCUGGAAGUACGUCUUCCGCUGCGCGAAAUGGAUGCGUGAAAUCUUCGAGCGUGCGGAUGCGGAUGACGCGGACGCUGAAGUUAAUAACCGCGAAGGGCAUCAUCGCGCAGGCGACUACUUCUCCUCCCGGUCCGUCGUCGCAAACGGAGCCGCUCGUGCCUAUCCCACGCAGAUAUCGCUUCGCACCGACCUUGACAACAAUAAGCAGUCUCGCCAUCACCGCCGUGUGCGCACGGGCGAGAGCUCGGGCGACGACGAUAGACCGUUGGAGAUGACGUUUGGACGCGGGAGUCCGCCGCACAAGAUCAAUACGGAUGCUGCGCCGCGUGCGAGACGGCGGCGGGCGCCGGGAAGGACGAAGAGUUUGGUUAGUUUGGCGAGUGAGGACGAUUUGAUGGGCAGGCGCAUGAAGAGCCUUGCGACUGGGCUGAUGGGCGGAGGGAGCGGAGAGGAGCCGCCGACGCCGUGAAUGGUGCUGUGAUGGGAUGUGGGUGUGGUACGGUAUGGGAAUGCGGGAUAUAUGCAUUAUAUAGACUAUGUGUGUGUGCAUCGCUGCUUUUCUUCGGGGAUAGAAUAUGCAUUUACAGUGAUUGAUUGCGAUUCGAUGAUGAGUAUGGUGCAGUGGAGUAGAUGAAGAUUAUAAAACGCGGCUCGCGUGCCAUUACAUUAUUACCUUGGUACUUACUACUACUGUCUUGUCCUUGUUGCAAGAAAUCCAUCCUGUAUCUCUUCAUCGCAUCGCCAUGCGAAUUGAGUCCGCCCUCUCUCUUCCCCCUUUUUUUCCCACAAGCCAUACAUACAUACAUACAUACACCGCGCCCCAUUAUCUUUCCGCCUUAUUAUCCCUCAACACACACACACACACAG